AUGCUCUCACAGCAGCAUUCAACAACUCCAUCAUUGGCUACGUCAAUGUACCCCAGGAAAAUACAGACAUGCUUCCCAACCAACGACAAUUCCGCUGCUUCACCUGUCACAGCUUCUGUGGUCAGCACCUCGUCUGUUGUUACAACAAGCUCAGCCCAAGCUUCGCCUAUCAUAUCUCCUAGUUCCGCUCAAUUACUGACAAAUAACACUUCGAUUCAAUGUUCUCCUGAUGGAGCUGGCAGCCGCGAUGACGACUUCCAUCUCCUACCAUUCGAGCUCUCUGAUCCUAUCACAGCUUCGAAAGCAAGCCACAACGCCAUGACAGAAGCCGUAGCUUACACAAAAUCUCCAGGGAUUAUCAGAAGGCUAUCAAACCGAGCUUCCCAAUUAGCAAGCAGUAGGAGGCGUCCCUCAGCAAAUGCGAUAAAAAGAGAUUGCUCUGGCCCGGUCACCAUGCGACGGAGGAGUGAUAGUACUAGCGCUGCAUCAGAUGGCUACAAAGGAGUCUUGUUCACCGAUUCAGAUGAAGAUAUCGAAGCUGAUUUCAAAUUAGACGGUACCAACGGUAUCGAGGGCUCACGAGAUUAUCUCAAUAGAACCAUUUCUUCGGGAUCGACUAAUUGCCCACCCCCUCUCUCAACUGCUGCUGGCCCAGUUAUUCCUUCAAUUCUCCUUCAAGGAACCGUCAUGAUGAAAGUUUCAAGAAAGAAAAAGUUCAAACCUUUGACUCUAGUCCUAGAGAAUGAUGAAGCUAAGGUAACAUGGGACAAGAACAGGCCUUCCAAAUCCUUCUACAUUGAUGACAUAAAAGACAUACGAGCUGGAGUCGAUGCCCGAAAUUAUCGUCAGGAGUUUGGCGUUUCUCCUGAAGAUGAAUCAAAAUUUUUCUCAAUCGUUUACGCCGUUCCUGAUAAAUCCAAAGGUCGCGCCCAAAAAAUCAUGCACUUAAUUGCGCAUGAUGAACAGACUUUUGACUCUUGGACAUCUACCCUUGAUGCUAUCUCUAAACAUCGUCACGAGCUCAUGGCUUCUCUGUCUUCAUUUCACGAGAAGGCUGUCAAGCAAUAUUGGCGAACGGAGAUGAAUCGUAAAUUUCACAAUAGGCCUCACUUAAAAGAAGACGAAAAGAUUGACUUUGUUGGUGUUGAGCGUCUAUGUAAAUCUCUACAUAUCAACGGUUCAUCUAGCUAUCUAAAUUCUAGGUUUAGCCAAGCUGAUAUAUCGGGAUCUGGGCGUCUGAACUUUAGUGAGUUUCAAGAGUUUGUAAGGUUAAUGAAAAGACGCGAGGACGUGCGUGCUAUUUAUCGUGAAAUCGCGAGCGAUCCUGAAAAGGGAAUAACCAUUAAUGAUUUCUUCAAAUUUCUUUACCAUACUCAAGGAGAACCUGUCGACACAGACCGGACGUACUGGGAAGGUGUCUUUGCAAAAUUUGUCCGUCGGUCCAAGGCUAGAGAUCAAGCUCACCAACAAACUUGUCAGAGUUCAGUCUCGUAUAUGAACGAAUCGGCUCUCUCCAGCUUCCUUAUCUCAACUCUUAACGUUCCCAUGCACACUCAACCCCCAUCAUUCACACUAAAUCGCCCUCUCAACGAGUACUUCAUAUCCAGCUCCCAUAAUACCUAUUUACUUGGUCGUCAAGUCGCUGGUCAGUCAAGUAUUGAAGCAUAUAUUUCGGUAUUGAGCCGCGGUUGUCGCUGUGUCGAAAUUGAUUGUUGGAAUGGGAGUGAGGGGCCUGUAGUUAUGCAUGGAAGGACCCUUACCACCCAAGUAUCCUUUGUAGAUGUCAUGUCUACAGUUAGCAAGUACGCCUUUGUCAAAUCGCCAUUUCCACUCUUCAUCUCUCUCGAAGUUCAUUGUAAUCCCCCACAGCAGGCUAUGAUGGUGGAAAUUAUAAAAGCAACUUGCGGCGAAAAGUUAGUCACAGCGCCUAUUGAUCCGUCUGCGGAGAAGCUACCAACCCCGUCGCAACUCCUAAAUCGUAUUUUAAUCAAAGUGCGGAAACCUAGAACCCUUGACGAAAGUACCUAUACAGAGAGUACACGUCUAGAUACUCGCCUUGGGAGAAAUCGUGGCAAUAGUCUCAACUCUCCAUAUACCCGUCCUACUCAACUCGAUAAUUCCACAGUUUCAGCUGGACUUUUGCCGCCCACAUCAUAUCCACGUGCUAACCUCAUGAUGAACCAGAACCAGCUUCGCAGUCAAGCGAGUGAGUGUGUAGAUAAUCUCAGCACUAGCACAAGCGACAGCGAAGGACCCACAGAGGAUACCAUUCGUGCUAGAGAAAGUGUUCGAGUGAGCAAAACUAGCAACAUUAUCAAAGAAUUAGGAGAACUUGGGGUUUAUACCAGAGGGAUUGGAUUUUCCGGAUAUGACUCACCAGAGUGUAAGACGUACAAUCACAUCUUUUCCUUUAUGGAGAGUACAUUCAAUAAGAACAGUAGAACCCCGGAAGAUAAACACGCUAUUGUCCGUCAUAAUAUCCAGUAUUUGAUGCGAGUAUAUCCAAAUGGAUGGCGUGUGGCAUCAACAAAUUUCGAUCCACUUAAGUAUUGGCGCCGAGGUGUGCAGAUGCUUGCUUUAAAUUGGCAAACAUAUGAUCUAGGUAUGCAGCUGAAUGAGGCUAUGUUUGCAUCGGGUACAGACUGCUCUGGAUACGUCCUGAAACCAAUAGAGCUUCGUGACGCCAAGUACUUACAGAGUGAAAAACUUGGCGCUGGCCGUGUAAAGCGUGAACGCAAGAACGUCACAUUUUCCAUUGAUGUUAUUUCUGCGCAGCAACUAAUGCGGCCUAAAAACCUAGCACAAAAUCGAAGUGUUGAUCCUUACGUUGAGGUGGAGGUCUAUCAUGCCGAUGAUAAAAGUAAAGAGAAUAAGGGCGUUGUAGGUGUUGGCGGCUUAGAUGCCUCGGGUAAAGACGGAUUUUCCAGUCUGGGGGUGCCUCACAGAAGACGAACUCAUAUUAUUACGGAAAAUGGCUUUAAUCCGAUUUUCAACAAAAAGUUCCGGUUCUCUCUAACAACUAAGUAUCCAGACUUGGUCUUUAUACGCUGGACCGUAAGAUAUUCGUCAGAUGGGCACAAUUAUAAUGAAAAGGGCGCUCCACUAGCCAUCUACACUGCCAAGCUCAAUAGUCUCAAGCAGGGCUAUCGCACUCUUCCCCUCUAUGACUCUAAUGGCGAUCAAUUUUUAUUCUCAACCCUAUUUUGCCGUAUCAAUAUAAAACCGAUCACUAGUAUCUACGUUAAUGACCCAGGAUCAGAUGUGGGGGAGACUGUCGGAGUUCUAAAGACCAUUGGUCGUUCAGUCUUCAAUCGGAACCCAAUUUAG